AUGAGUGGCUGUCAGGGCUGCACUACGAUAGUGGCAAAGUUGAGGAACCCUGACAGACCAAAUGCGAUUGUGCAAGUCACGUUGGAGAUAGCAAGGAUAGCCAACAUCGUGCCCGGGAUUUUUCGGAAGGCCUUGCAAGACAUUGAAUUCAAAGGCUACACUAUUCCAGCAGGGUGGGCAGUCAUGGUGUGCCCUCCAGCAGUGCAUCUAAAUCCCGAAAUCUACGAGGACCCAUUGGCGUUUAACCCAUGGAGGUGGCAGGAUAAGACGGAAAUCACCGGUGGAACAAAGCAUUUCAUGGCGUUCGGUGGGGGUCUCAGGUUCUGCGUCGGAACCGACCUCAGCAAGGUCCUGAUGGCGACCUUCAUCCACUGCCUGGUGACAAAAUACAGAUGGAAGACGGUAAAAGGAGGUAACAUAAUGCGUACCCCAGGGCUGAGCUUCCCAGAUGGCUUUCACAUUCAGCUCUUCCCUAAGAACUGA